AUGGCGACUGUUACUAUUCCUAAUCGACGUGUCAUGCGACGUCAGCAAGAGUCAGUAACGUCAGAGUUUGUAUGGGACAACUCUAGUGCUACUCUCUCCUUUCCGGCCUUUAGUACCCCGAGCCCCUUUACUCCCGUUCUUCCUUCUGUGACAGAUUCCGUGCCACCGCAAGCUUCUGCCGUGGAUGGAUCAGACUUCAGCCCUAUGUGUCCCACUGGUGGAAAGAUUGGCAAUUUUACACUCGACUUUGAUGAUACCAAGGCUGGUCCACUCUUCAACCCUUCUCGCGAUAUCUGGUUCUCUCAAGGGUUCCUCAUCGCGCCCCCAUCGUCCCAAACCUCUCAAUCUUACAAUCCUUCGUCCGGCGGCCAGCUUGUGGAAUUUAUGCCACCAUCCCUGCCUUUAUCAGCUCAUUCUAAUGCGGGGGACACUGCUGAGAUUGGCGUUGGUCCAAAUGCUCCAAAUCACUGCUUCAGAUUUGACUUCCAGGGCGCGAGCCUUGGCUGUGCGGCAAAAGGUGCCGAAAACUGGUGUGACUUUGAAGUUUCAGCAUACCGCUACAACGACGUUUCACAAAGAGAGGAAUCGAUAGCCUGGUCUGAGACGAAGCAUAUUCCAGCAUGCCCCAACUUCCCUCAUGGGAAUUGCCGGUUGACCCCUGUGUCGUUUGAUGGCUACACGAACAUCACGUCGAUUCUGAUCAAUCUCCGUGUUGGCAAUGAAGUACGAGUCUGGUGGGGAGAUGACUUCAAAUUCGGCUGGAGCGACAAUGGUUGUGAUGCCGCGGCUUGUCGCGCGAAUGCUCUUCCUCAACCCGUCAAGCGUGAGGCCAUCGAAUCAGCCGCCCGCCAAGGAGUCUGGCACUGGACUCCGCGUGGGCUGAAGCGACUUGAUGACGGAUAUAUCUGGGAAUCAGUAUAA